CCCCCUCGCGGCGCCCUCGGAAACAAUAUGGCGACGGCGGUGGCGGUGCUUUCCCGGACUCUCAUGUUGUGAUGGUGACCCAUUCGGAGCUCCGUGCAAAUGUGGCGUUCCGAUUUUGUCCAGAUGCACGAAUUCACAUUCCGUGAAUGGCGACUUUUCCGGCAAGCGAUGAGCCGCCAAUGUUGAGGAUGAAAGUCCCCCGAUCCCGUGUUGUGUCCUGAAUCAGACUCAGGGGAUUCCUCCAGGCUCGAACGCCCGUCGCCACCCUCCUGCAGGCUCCACAUAUUGAGGUCCAUUUCACUCACGCUGUUUCCACUCACUCAUUCACUGCAUCUUCAGAGACCUGGAGCAGCUUCGUACCAUCCGAGGCUCCUGUUAAAAUUCACUUGCUGAAGCUAAAUUCUAAAGAAGACCUGGAUUAGUAAGUGUUGAAAGUCACAGUAAUGUUGGUAACUUGAUUGCUAUGCCUUAAUUUCUGGCAUGUACUCCACCUGAAGACUCGGUGAACUGUUGUUUGAUUUCAACACCAAUCUCCAAGACUUAUUUUUUUUUCCUUAGACGUCUCAAAAGAUGGGAAAUUCAGAGAGCCAGAAUGAUAGUGAACGAGCGUUUUCUGGAGAUGAGCGUGCAGGUCUGUCACGCAAGCACAUGUCUCGGUCACUUCGCAUUCCAACUAAAACUUCACGAAGAGCCAGGCCUGCCUCAGCAGUCAGGAUUACACACAGAAAUUCCGAAACAAGCACUAAGUCUAGUAGCACUCCCAGUAUCCCACAAUCACUGGCAAGGGAUGGCCUGGACGUCAGUCAUCCAGGAAAUCUUAAUAAUGCUUUAGAAGAAGAAUUUGGUCGUCCAUCUUGGGUGGGUAGAAUGGGUAAAAGUGUAAGGCCUGUGUCUUACCAUACAGGUUCUUCAGUUUCCAGUACCAGGCGAAGAAGUGCUGUCCAGCCACUCCAUUCAAGGGAUGAGCUUGACAUUUGUUUGGACAAUCAUAUUAUCCAUGUUAUAGAGAAUUUUGAUGAAAUAAGAUUAGACUCUGUUUCCCAAGCAAAUAUUGAAGAUCUGCAUCUAGUUACUGGAGAUGAAACGACCAUUUUAGAAAGCACAAAUAUCAAGAAAAAACGAUCCAAAUCUGCUGAUAUGUGGCGACAAGAUAGUAUGGAAUUCUCCUUAUCUGACCUAAGUCAGGAUCGGUUAACCAGCACAGAAGAUCUGUUGGAUAAUACUGAUGACAAGGGAUAUGAGAAAAGUAGGCUAAUAAACAGUAAUUCUAUUGAUCUAGAACAAUUGAGUGGAAACCAACGUGCUAACUCUCUAAAUGAACUAUAUAGCCAAAAACCAACAGGUGCAAAUAUGAACAAAACGCGAAGAAACAGAUUUAAGACACUCCCUCGGAAUUUGAGGACUCAUUCACAUAAUACAAUACAGCCAGAAAAUAUAAAUGCUGUGGCCUGGUCAGCUGGAGAAAAUGCAAGUGUUCAUUCAUAUGUUGCCUCAACGCUUCCAUGCAGGAAGUCCCAUUGCCUUUCCGAAGGAGCGUCUAAAGGACGAAUAAGCCAUGUUACUGAUAACAGAACCACAUAUGUCAGAAGGUCCAAAACAACACAGGACAUUACCACAGGAGAUGGAAGUGAAUGUGCAGAUAGUGGUAUUGAUGGUGCAACAAUGGACAAUGAUCAUCUUUCCCGCUUUUCCAAUAUGACCAGUACGACAUGCUAUCCAGCCAAUUUCAACCGUGAUUUAAUUUGUAGUGAUAUUGUCACAGCAGGAGAUGCACUUCGUCAAGGGGUGUAUGAGAACUUUAGAUGUACUUUGGAAUCAAAUCCUGUCAAUACAGAAAAUCCAGAAGAAGCGGAGUCAGCUAUGAGCGAUGAACAAAGCAGUGGUACCCUCAGCUCCCCAGGGCAGUCUGACAGUCAAACUGCAGAUCAAGGAACUGUUCGAAAAGCAGGUUCACUUGCUGUGAAGAACUUUUUAGUCCACAAGAAAAAUAAAAAAGUGGAACUGGCUACACGGAGGAAAUGGAAAUAUUAUUGGGUAUCAUUAAAAGGCUGCACUUUAUUUUUCUACGAUGGUGAUGGAAGAUCAGGAGUGGAUCAGAGCAGUGCACCAAAGCACAUGGUUUGGAUUGAAAAUAGCAUUGUUCAGGCAGUGCCCGAACAUCCAAAGAAAGAUAAUGUGUUCUGUCUCAGCAAUUCACUUGGGGAUGCUUUCUUAUUUCAGACCUGCAGCCAGACAGAGCUGGAAAACUGGAUUACUGCAAUUCAUUCUGCCUGUGCAGCUUCAGUGGCAAGACAAUAUCGCAGAGAAGAUACUGUUAAACUGCUGCAGUCAGAGAUUAAGAAGCUUGAACAGAAAAUUGACAUGGAUGAAAAAAUGAAGAAAAUGGGAGAUAUGCAGUUGUCUUCAGUUAGUGACCCGAAAAAGCGAAAGACCAUACUUGAUCAGAUCUAUUUAUGGGAGCAAAAUCUAGAACAGUUUCAGAUUGAUCUUUUUCGACAUCGUUGUUAUGUGGCAAGUCUUCAAGGUGGAGAAUUACCAAAUCCGAAAAGACUUCUUGCAUUUGCAAGUCGGCCAACCAAACAAGCCAUGGGUCGUCUAAGUAUUUUUUCAGUGUCUUCAUUCCAUGCCUUGGUGGCAGCCCGUACUGAACCUGCUUUGAAGAACCAAACACAGGUGAUUUCCAGAUCUGUAAGCAAGCGGAAGAACAGAUUUUCCUCCCUGUGGGGAUUAGAUACAAAUUCAAGAAAAAAAGCAAAAGAAAGACCGAGCAUUAAUCAGUUGUUUGGUGAUAAUGAGGCCACACUGAAGAAAUCCUUGGAAGGCAUUUUUGAUGAUUGUUCAACAGAUAGCAGUAGAGAAAAGAGCCUUACCAUGACUAUUCAUCCACACACACGUGAAAGUGACAACUGGGUUACUGAUUUCCUCAUGCCUUCAUGGGUCUGUUUACCAGAUGAUCGACCCAUUUUGGUUGUUGUGCAUCCAGGAAACUCAGCACAGGACAUUCUUGAAGAGGCUUGUAAGGUACAAUACUUGGAGCCAAGCAGUCACUAUGUGCGUUUGAAGUUUACAGUGAACAACCAGAUUCAAUAUUAUGUACCAAAGCAAGAAGAUAUUCAUGAACUGUUAUACCAAGAAAUUGAAAUUUGCCCAAAAAGUAUUCAUCGUGUUCAGUUUGACAAGUCUGAUACAUCUGUUAGUUAUGGCUUUUGUGUAUCUUUAGUUGAAGAAGAGGGAUCACACCAGCAAAUGAUUAUUACUGAAGUAAAAGAAGGUGGUUUGGCUUCAUCUAAAGGUCUAAGAGUUGGAGAUGAAGUUUUGGAAAUUAAUAAAAUGAAAGCCAAAGAUCUGGUUGUGUCUGACUUGAAGACUAUCCUCUCUGCACCAUCACUUUCUCUCACUCUGCGAACAAUUGGUCAACCAGUGGAUGGAUGUAUGUGCACUUCACCUCUUCGUCGAGUCGUGGCAACUGAUGCAUUGAGUGACAGUGGAUUUGUUUGCAGCCAUCAAGAUACGUUAAACAACCAUACCGAACCAAGCCAUGAUAAAGAGAGACCCAGUGAAUCACUUGAGCCUGGUGAAGCAUGUAAGAGCACAGAGCAAGUAACAGCAUUUUGUCGUGGUCUGCAUGAAUUAAGUCCAUCGAACAUGUCAUCACAGCCUUCAGAUUCUUUACCCCACCAAGUGCCAUCUCGGCAACUCACUGAUGCUGAUAAAUUACGUAAGGUCAUUUGUGAACUCGUGGAAACAGAACAGACAUAUGUGAAGGAUCUGAAUUAUCUCUUGGAGAAAUAUUUGAAACCUCUGCAGAAAGAAGUCUUUCUUACUCAAGAUGAGCUUGAUGUGCUUUUCGGAAACUUGAGAGAAAUGGUUCAGUUCCAAGUGGAAUUCUUGAAAACACUAGAAGAUGGUGUAAGAUUGGUAUCUGACCUUGAAAAGCUUGAAACAGUCAAUCAGUUCAAGAAAGUCCUGUUCUCCUUGGGUGGUUCAUUUUUGUACUAUGCUGAUCGCUUCAAGCUAUACAGUGCAUUCUGUGCCAGUCAUACAAAGGUUCCCAAGGUCCUUGUUAAAGCCAAAGUUAAUCCAGCUUUUAAGGCCUUUCUUGAUGCCCAGAAUCCUAAACAGCAGCACUCAUCAACAUUGGAGUCCUACCUGAUCAAGCCUAUUCAGCGUGUUCUGAAAUAUCCCCUGCUUCUGAAGGAGCUGAUCUCUCUUACAGACUCAGAUAGUGAAGAACAUUAUCAUCUAACUGUGGCAAUGAAAGCCAUGAAUAAAGUAGCAAGCCACAUAAAUGAAAUGCAGAAACUACAUGAAGAAUAUGGUGCUGUGUUUGACCAGCUUAUAUCUGAGCAAACUGGAGAGAAGAAAGAGGUUGUGGACCUUUCAAUGGGAGACCUUCUUCUCCAUUCCACAGUUACUUGGCUAAAUCCUCCCACAUCCUUUGGGAAGUGUAAGAAAGAUCCUGAAUUGGCAGCAUUUGUGUUCAAAACUGCAGUUGUUCUUGUGUAUAAAGACGGUUUCAAGCAGAAAAGGAAAUUGGGAAACAUUUCUCAGAGAGUAUCAGUCUCAGAUGAUCGAGAUCCUUUCAAAUUUCGUCAUAUGAUUCCAACUCAAGCAUUGCAGAUUCGAUCAGUUGCAACCACAGAUGUUGAGACCGAUUGUGUCUUUGAAAUAAUUCACACAAAAUCUGAGUCAGAAGGAAGACCAGAGACAAACUUUCACUUCUGUAGCAGUACUCCUGAGAACAAACGGGAUAUUAUCAAGGCAGUUCAGUCCAUAUUACGUGAUAAACAUCGAAGGCAGCUUCUAAAAACUGAAAGUUUGCCACAGUCUCAGCAAUACAUUCCUUUUGGGGGAAAGCGACUAUGUGCAUUGAAAGGAGCAAGGCCAGUAGUGAAUCGAGCUGUUUCAGUACCCUGCAGAAGCCUAGGCAAGAAGAGACUAUCCAGGAACAGAUUUACUAUUGAUGCAGAUGAUCUGUUUGGACGUAGUCAAAGUAAUGAAUCUUCACAGUCCCCAGUGACAUGCAAUGAUACUGAUCGUUGGGUGGAAGAACAGUUUGAUCUUGGUAAGUAUGAAGAACAGGAAGAUGUCAAAGAGACUGAUAUUCUAAGUGAUGAUGACGAAUACUGCCAGUCAGUAAAAAGUUCAACACUGUCAAAAGAUUUGCAAGAGCAGCUGAAAGCAAUGAGCUUCACAAAAGAUAGUUUCUGUGAGAAUGGAAAACUAUCCAUGCAUAGAACGCCAGAAAAAUCACCAUCAAAAACAGCAUUUACUGCAAAGCAAAAAGUUGCAGCAGGAGCUAAUGGCGUAGUGGAAAAUACCACAGCAGAAGUAAUCUGGGUAAAACGUGAAGACUUCAUUUCAACUGAGAAAGAAAAUGAUGAAAUCUAAAAUGCAGAUUCGUUUCUGCAGAUAUAACUGCCGGGCACAUUCACUGCUAACUGUUCAUGGCCUCUUACAUAUGCUAUAGGAUGAUUCCACUGAAUUGGAGGUAGCUGGACCAAUUCAGAAGCUAUGAUCUCCUAUUAAAUUAAUUAAAAAUCAUUAUGAUUGAACACUCAAAUGUAUGAACAAUCUUGUGACUUCAUUGUACACUCCUAUAAUGUACUGUCCAAAGGGCUUAAUGUAUAUUUAUUAUUGUUGCGGUGUAAAAAUAUAAUUUCAUUUUUUGUUUAUAUUUAGGCAAUUCACUGAACAAGCAAAUUUAUUGUAUCUGUUACCAACUAACUUUGUACUUUUUACAGAAACGCUGAAAUCAAUUGCACAAACUGGAUUUCAUCCAAAAUUGUUUAAAGAAUGUCUUUUUAGUGCAGCAUAGAGCUGAAAUGGUUAUAAGUCUUAACCACACAACUACCAGUGAAAUAAAUCGGGUGUUUAUAUGAACAAAAGAACAAACUGCGAGCAUUGAAUAAAUACAUUUUUCAAACUACUUUAGGUUUCAUUACGCUGUUAACAAGUCUGAUGGUACUUCUAUUAUGGCCAUAUUCAUAUUUGUACAUAUUUCCAAGCUUUGAUGCGCACAUCAGAAGUUGCCUAAUAUAUUUCUUUUGUAAGCUGGAAAAAAUUCUAUUUUUAUGUUUUUAGGUUCAUUGACUUUAAGAAUUGUAAAUGCUCUUCAAACAUAAUAAAACAUGUGAAAUUGGAA